CCAACAUCGGUUGUCAAGUGUUGGUAGUAGUCAAACACAAACACACUGAAGGGUAUCUAUCUAUCUCUUCCCGUCUAUCAACUCUCUUCACAAGACUGGUCGACCCAGGACUGUAGUCAAGGACACUUACACAAGGUGCCACGCAGUGUCUGAACUGAGAACCAUGUGGUUGGGAAGCAAACUUCUUACCACAUAGCCACAAAGAAAUAAAAACUGGAACAUCUUUGAUCAAAGACUUUCUACAAGGCUGACUUGGAGUUAACUAAUGAAUAUCUUUUAGAAAAAUGAAAUGAGUGUAAGUUCUUAUAAACAAUGCAAUUAGGUUCCACAAACGAUCAACAAAUAACGGCAUGAAAGAAUCUCCUUAUAAUAAUGGUUUCAAAUUUUGGCGCAAGGUCAACAGUUUAAGGGGACGGGGACAAGUCGAUAACAUCAACCACAGUAACCGACUCGUACUUAUUUUGUCGACUUCGAAAGGAUGAAAGGCAAACUAGACUUAGGCAGAAUUCGGAAGAAAUGCUGCGGAGCAUUUUGUCCGGUGUGCUAACGAUUCUGCCAGCUCACAGCCUGAGAAUCUGCUUGCAUUAUAAUACAAGUGCGCUGACCGUUCUCAUUUUCACAAGACUACUUAUUGCUAUGGUAACGUCAUCUCGAAUGCUCACCACAAAAAUUAUGUAAGAAAACUGAACCUUACGAAUGAAAUAUAGAAGACAGCAUAGGCAUAUAAAAUGAAUAACCGUAAUAUUUUAUGUGAUUGAGUCUAUGAAAAUGCUAAGUGUUAAAUGUUGUGAAGCAAUCGUCAUCCUCGUUCGAGGUUGGCGGCGUGGACUGUUACUAAGUACGCUAUGUAAUCGGAUGUAGCAGUAUACACAUGAUAGCAGUUAAUAAGCAACUUCCGGUAAAUAUCCUUCCCCGUCAUCGAAAAAGUUCGUUAAAAAAACAUUAAUAGUUGUUGCUAAAUGCUGCACAAAAUGGCAAUGAUUUGUCGGACAAACAUUCCGAAUUGCUAAAAGUACAAGGUCAAUUGUAAAUCUAGUUAGCUAUAGGUAUAGAAUGCUUCAUAUAUUAGCCAUCAAACAAAACACAUCAAGCUUGUUUCCCAUAUCCCUCCGCCUCUCCUUUACUCAGCCAUCCGCCAUCUUGCGGAAUCUCUGAAAGAUUUUUUCCCAUGGAAUAAAUAUUGCAAUAAUAUAUGGAAUAAUAUCGGAGUAAUAUUGCAAUAAUAGAUGGAAUAAUAUUGGUUGUGAGAAAUAGGCGCACAUGUUUGUUGUUAUAGCCGGCCUCUGUCUGUUUUGAUCUGGAAUGUGUGAAGUUGGAGAUCCUCUCCAGCUCCAAGAAUAAUGUCUGUACUGAAGUUACCAUAUGAUGGCUAUGAAGAAGACGUUUCAAAAGAAAGCAAUGAUUUGACAGUGGACUCUGGACAUAAUUCAGAACCUGGAUUCAAUUCUGAAAGUAGACAGGAAUUGACAACUCAAGCCAUGCUUCAGAAAGAUGAGAGCCAACUGGGACCUGACAUGCAGGAUUCUCAUGACCAAAAGAAAAAACCUGGUUGGACUAAAGGUAAAAAAAGGAAAGCAACAAUGAAAGAUAAAAAUGCUCCAAAGCAGCCUUUAACUGGUUAUGUACGUUUUUUAAAUGAGCGACGAGAAAAGUUGCGCCAGGAGAAUCCAAAUCUCUCAUUUUCUGAAAUAACCAGACAGCUUGGUGGUGAAUGGUCUAAAUUGGCACCACGAGAAAAACAGCGAUACCUUGACGAUGCAGAGAAGGACAAAGAACGAUAUUUACGAGAUAUGGAAGCUUACCAAAAGACAGAUGCAUAUAAAUUAUUUAAACUCCAAAAGGAAAAAAAAUUAAAAAGUGAUAUAAGAGAAGAUUAUGAUGGUCAAAAUGGUUCUGCUCUACAGCCUGAAAAGGAUGAAGAGGAUUAUGGAACAUUUGAUAUUCCUGUUUUUACUGAAGAAUUUCUGGAUCAUAAUAAAACACGUGAACAAGAAUUACGGCAGCUACGGAAGCAGACCACCGAACUAGAAGAACAAAAUGCUAUUCUAAGUAAACAUAUCGAAAACAUGAAACAUGCUAUAGAGAAACUUGAAUUGGAAGCUGUACAACAAAGGAACCACAAUAUGGCUCUCCAGUGUCACUUAAAUACACUUCGUACAAUUUUGACAACUAACUUUGCAAAUGUGCGAUUGCCAGGUACAAACGAAGUUCCUACACUAGAAACUAUUGAUUCUUAUAUGGCAAAAUUGCAUUGCAUCAUUCUGGAAGCUCCUCAAGAAAAUGAAAGCCUCAUUGUUACAGUAAGGGAAAUUGUUGGAAGACUAAAUGUUGACGGAUUUCAAGACUUCAUUUGUUAUACAAGAGAUAAAUUAUGAUAUCAGGUGGUUAGAAACGUCAGCCUGUGUUGGUCAAAGACAUUUGCUCUGUUCAUCAGUCCUGAACUGGAAUAUUACACAGCUACUGAAACGAAGCGCUCAAACACUCUCCGUUUCCUCCAAUCCUCAGAGACACAUCUAACAUACAUUCACCAGCAAUUCUCCAACUUUUUCAUUGUUAUUUUCAAGUGACUCAUAAAACAAUUGAACGUGAAAAAUGAAUUUUGCAGAAAGUAAGCCUGAGACGAUGCCUCUGACUGCUUUCCAGUUUUUUUUUUUUUUUUUUUUUUUUGUCCUUUGCUUAAUGACAAAGUCAAUUUGUCAUCUGACACCAAUUCCAGCUGUUUUGUAUAACUCAACACAUUUGUAAACUGUAAGAUCUUCCUGUGGACUUUCUGAUUUGUUUUAAACGUAACAACAUCAUUGUAUUAUAGUCCAUCUCUUUCAUGAGAAUAAUUUGGAACUUCUCAUAAUUUACUAUACACACACACACACACACACACACACACACACACACAUGUAGACAUAAAUGCUUACAUCUAUACACAUACAAAUAAAUUCAUGUAUGACGUAGGCAUUCAAUGCUAUAGAUAUAUGUGUGUGUUUGUGUGUACACAAUCAUACACGCAUAUAUAUAUACCUACAUACAUACAUAUAUGUAUGUAUAAUAUAAUUCCUCUACAAAUGAAUUAAACUUUGCUUCAAAAUUAAAAAUUUUGCAACAUAAACAUUAAA